AUGCCUUGCAAACCCGCCAUCUGCUCCCACUCCCUCGGCCGGGCCUGGGUCCACGAUCUCCCCUCCAAGCUCGACCAAGCCGCCCGUUAUGGCCUGGACAUCGAACUCUUCUACGAGGACCUGCUCUACAUCGUCCAAGAGUUCCCCGGCGGCGCAACCCCGGAGAACCACAUCAAGGCAGCCCACGAAGUACGAUCCCUAUGCGACACCAGAGGGAUCAAGGUCAUCUGCCUCCAACCCUUCAUGCACUACGACGGCCUCCGGAAUCGAGAGAAGCACGCGGAGCGAAUCGAAGAGAUGAAGCUGUGGAUUGAGAUGGCACAUAUUCUUGGCACGAAACUCAUCGCUGUGCCGUCGACUUGUUUGCCAGACGAGCAUGUCAGUGGGGACAUGGAUCUGAUAACUCAGGAUAUGCUUGAGAUUGCGGACCUGGGCGCUCCGGAAGGCAUCGAGUUCGCAUACGAGGCGUUGUGCUGGGGCACGCACGUUGAUACGUGGGAGCAGACGUGGGAGGUCGUGUGCAGAGUGAAUCGACCAAACUUCAAGAUCUGCUUGGACACGUACAACUUUGCUGGCCGGGUGUAUGCCGAUCCCACAAGACCUUCUGGAAAGAACCCGAACGCCGAUGCAGACAUGGCCGCAUCGCUGAAGCGUUUAGUAUCGGAGGUGGACGUCAAGAAGAUCGCUUUCGUCCAGGUUGUCGAUGCCGAGCGCUUGUCGGAACCACUUCUUGAAGGCCACCCUUUCUAUAACCCAGAGCAAUGUCCCCGUAUGAGCUGGUCCCGCAACUGUCGCCUGUUCUACGGCGAAGAGGACCGAGGCGCAUAUCUGCCAAUCAGAGCCAUCUUGAAGGCGUUGAUCGUGGACCUGGGCUACGAAGGAUACCUCAGCGCCGAGCUAUUCAACCGCAGCUUGACCAAGGCCGACAGUGAUGUUCCAGAAGAUCACGCGCGCCGAGCCGUGGUAUCAUGGCAGAAGAUGGUCGCAGACUUUGGUAUUGGUCGGAAAGCGGAAGCGCCCAGCACUGCGAGACUCUCGAUUGAGCAGCAACCUCGGGCUCAGUUAUGA